UAAUUGAUUGUGUGUGUUAAUAAUAAACCAAUUGCUCUCCAUGCCGUGAUCAAUUGGUAUCCAGUGCCUCAAGCGCCUGGCAACAAUGUAAAAGCCACAGUCUCGGCAUCGCAAACGGGGAAAAUUUCCAAAAACGCUACAGGAAAAAAUCUUAAGAAUCGAAAUCGAACAAUUCAAACACACACACAUAGUGCCGUUCUGUUCACACACUACAGUUGCAGUACAGUACCGCAGUGUGUGCGAGCGAGUCGAAUAGUCGGUCGGAAGAUAACAUACAUUUGUGUACCUACCUCUCUUUCAAGUGAAGAUUUUAGUGAUGAGUGAAGAGGUGGCACCAAGCGUUGAGGACACGAAAAUGUCCGACGAGGAUGGCCCAAAGGAUAAAGCUGAUGAGUGCACGAGUGCGCCUUCUGCCAAGGACUCGGAAGACAUGGAACCGGCUGGGGAUACGAAAAGUGUGCAGGUGGAGAAUGAACAAAGUCCAACAGAUAAGGAGAAACCGACCACGGUGGAUAUCAACACGCUGACUCCAUCAACGCCCUCACACACGCCGCCACAGCUGCUGGCUACCGAAACGGCAGUAACAGCACCCGUCAUACCAGAGAAUAUACUGUCUCCACCAAAGUCAGAAACACAAACUGAUGAGACCAACACGGCCACAUCGACGUCGUGCUCACCAGCAUCCGAUGGCCAGCAUUCACCUGUGGGCGAACAGCCUCCGCCGGCACCGAAGCAGGAACAGCAAGAGGAGCCGUCGGCGGUAAAUGGCUCUAUACCAAAGUCGGGAAAACCGCUGGCCACAGCGUUAAGCAACAAAAAGCCCAAUAAGUCGGCAUCCACGUCACCGCGCGCCUCCCGAUCACGCAAACCGAAGGCACUGCCUAUGUACGAGAGCGAGAUCAGCGACAACAAAGUCGGCAUUAAGCUGUGCAUUAAAAAAUCUGAUGGUGUGGCUGGGGGAGACAGCACGCCGACAGUAACAUCACCUCCCGUCCCCGUCCCUGCUGCUACCAAGCCGGCACGCAAGCGCGUUCGCAAACCAAAGCAGCCGGACAGCGACGAGAGUGAAUGUGAGCCACGAAAGAAGAAGGUCUCGACGAGCAGUGCAGCAGAGGCGGUAGAAGGAGAAGCAGUCGAACAGAGUGCCUGGGCUGAGAGGCUUCCUGCGGAAGUCCUCUUCCAAAUUUUCGAACACGUUAUUGAGAAGGAGGGCUGCCUGCCCACUCUCUUUCGCCUGGGACGUGUUUGCUCCCUGUGGCGGCAGGUUUCUCUUACCCCCUCACUGUGGCACACAAUGGAUCUGACCACAUGGAUCAAGGAGAAGUAUCGCACUGAACUCAAACUCAAGUGGUUUGUGGAUAACCGCUGCAGUGCCUGCACCGAGCUGAAUGUUUCCAACUGGAAAAUAUCGGACAUAUCCAUCAAUUGCUUCCUCACCAAGUUGGCUGUCGGUUGUCCGAACUUAACUGGUAUCACGCUGUCCGGCUGGAAAGGAUUCACCUCAGACAAUUUAACCUAUUUGGUGGACAACAUGAAGAAACUAGAACGAUUAGACUUGAGCUCCAUUAACCUUGAGAUGAAUGCCAGCAAGACCGCUGUUGGCAUGGUCUCUCUCUGCAACGCGCUUCAGACCAUUGGCAGUCGUCUAACUCAUCUCCACUUGGCGCACAAUCGUCUGGCGGGUAUACCCCAGAUAGUCGGCGUAUUGUCGGCUCACUGUCCGAAUCUGACGCUAUUGGAUCUCUCGAAUGUAACCACGCAGGCCACAUCUCACGGCGUGCUUCACAUUGAGAAACUGCAGCAUGGCUGCCAAAAGUUGAAGGUUCUGCGUGUGACAAACUCGCACAUUACGCCGAGCAUAGCUGGAAUGCAGGAAAUUAUGGACUCACCUGGCUUUCCAAAUCUCGAAGAGCUCUCCGUGGCUGCAACGACAGAUGAAUCUCGCAUCAUUUGCGAUGAUCACCUACAGCGCUUACUGAAGAGCAGCUCCAAGCUGAAGCUGCUAGAUGUGCGCAACUGCACUCGGCUGACGCACGAGAGCCUCAUCCGGUUACCAGCCUGGGAUAUCAAGCAUUUAUACCUUUCAGGCUGCUCAGUUACGCGCGAUGUGGGGUCGGGUCUGGAACUCAUUGCCUCCAAGUGGGCGCAUAGUCUCAUUGAACUGGAUCUGGCCUGGGCAAAUGUGCAGCAGCCGAUAGACAAUGCAUUGCGCGCCCUUGCCGAAAAGGGGAGCGAGUGCCCAUUGGCGCAUUUGAAUCUGUGUGGCUCGUCCGUUUCGGAUGAGGCAGUCAAGGAAAUACUCAAAAACUGCGCCAACAUGAGCUCAAUCAACCUGGCUUCAUGCCGUGGACUGCCGCGCGGGGUCAAGCGUCUUAUGCAAGGAGCGCAGCAGUUGCGCGAACUCCGCGAAGUUCUUGGGGUGCAGCUAAAAGACAGUCGCAGCAGUGGGAGCAACUAAUCCAGUCAGUGUGCCAGUCACUCACUCAUCGGUUUUAUUGUUGAGCAAGCGGGCCACAUUUAAAUGUAAUUUAAAUUGUUGCUUCCACGCAGAAGAGUCGUUCGUCGAUCUUUUUUGAUGUAAUGGUAGUCCGCGAAAAUAUUUCAAUAUGAAUAUUUCAAUUGCAAUGGCUUGCAUCUUCCAAUUAUGCUUAUCUUGUUUAUAGGCGGUAGUGUGUAAUAAUUGUACUAGCUUAGUAUACUAGGCGUUCCGUUCUCUUUCUCCAUCCGAAACAAAAAAGGAGCCGUUGAGAGAUCACGCUGCAAUCUUUUGUAAAUGCAAUAUGUAUUCAUAAUAUAGUUGAUUCGAAUUUUUUGUAGAACGGCGAGUACCAACCACUUGCGAGGACGAUUUAAUGAUUUUUUUUGUGUAUGCAUAUACGAUUCAUUAUUAGUAAGUCCAACCAUUGUGUGUUUGUAAAGUAUGUACGUAUACAAGAAUCUAGACUAAGUAAAAAUUGUAUUUCUCGAAAUACAUAUUGAUUUAUUAACCAUAAAGAUAGUAGUCGUCAAUUGAAAAGUCGAUAAAUAAGACAAUUUGUAGAAUGUUUUAACCCGAUUGAAAUGUACAUAUUGGCGAUUGAGAACGUUCUGAUUGAAUGUUUUCAAUAUUAACCAUUAAUAAAUACUAUACCACACAUAAAUAUUAAUUAAAUAACACAAUUCAAUUGUUAGGCAUUAUUUGUAGUUAAGAGAAGGCAAUUAAAGGUACAUUACAUUUAAUUUAUAAUAAACGCAAACACUUUCAA